AUGUAUUGCGAGGAACCGGAGAAUUUAGAGGAGUACUAUAAGUGGGAUUUAGGGUUUAAUUUGGAUGAGAAGGAAUGGGAGAUUGAUGAUUUGAUUGAAGAGAAUGGGAUGAUUAAAGAGAUUUAUAAUGAGGUUGUUCCCAGUAGGGUUAAUCGAGAGACCUUUUGGUGUCGAUAUUUUUAUUGGGUUUGUAAGAUUAAGAAAGCAGAGGAGGCAAGAGCUAGGCUUGUUAAUAAGAGGUCAAUUUCGGUAGAGGAGGAGAAUGAGGAAGAAGAGGAUGAAUUUAGUUCGGAUGUUGAUGACGAUGAUUAUGAAGAGAUUGAUGGGUCUAAGUUAAUGAAUAAUUCAAAACAAAAGGCGGGUGAGAAAUAUUCUUCAGAAAAGAUUGUUGUCAAGAGUGACAAUGGGGUUAAUGAGAGAGUGCAUUUGGAUGAUGGGUCUGAAUCAAGUGGCAGCAUGUCGGAGGCAAGAUCUGAUGAAUUGGAUUCGGAAAGAAAGACAGAAAGUGGCGGAUCGUGUAAAGAUAGUGACUUUUCCGAUGUCUCAAGCCAACCAUCAUUAGUACCUGAGGAAGAAGAAGAUUUUGGGUGGGAUAAGAUCGAAGUUAUUGAUAGCAUUGAUUCUAGAAGAGGCUAUGAAGAGGAAGAUCUCAGUUGGGAUAUUGAGGAUUAUGAUGAGCUUGUUGAUCCAAGAUGA